CUUCUCACCCCAAGCACAGAGAGCCCCGAUUUUCCCCUCACUGCCUCCACCGACCGCCCCACAGGACCAACACUUCCCCUCCCAUUCUAAGACAAGAUCCUGACCUAAGGACUUGUACCAACCAAGCCAAAGCCCAGAGAUGGAAGCAGACAAGGUCACAGAAGAACCUCCUACCACCAUGGAUGUAGAGGAGCACCCUUCUUCAAAGGACCCCACUGCUGAGGACUUACAGAAGGACCCUAUCUCUGAAGCCUUCUUGGAGCCUUCCAUCUCUGAGACCCCUUUAGAGUCCCAUAUCUCUGAAUCCCCUUUGGUGCCAUCCUCUUCCCAGAGUCCACUAAAGACCCACACCUCUGAAUCCCCUUUGGCACCAUCCUCUUCCCAGAGUCCAUUAGAGACCCACACCUCUGAAUCUACUUUGGUGCCAUCCCCUCCCCAGGCCCCAUUAGAGACCCACACCUUUGAAUCUCCUUUGAGUCACAUAGAAGCAAAACACCUUAGUUUUCAUCCCUCAUCAGUAGGCCAUGUCUCUGUAUCUCCCUCUGAUGGGCUGGGGGAAGACCUCUCCUAUGAGUACACCCUAGACCUUAAAUCUGAGAGCCUUCCAGAGGACUCCCUUUCAGGCCCUUCUACCCAGGUGCAAAUGGACAGGUCUGCAAAGCAGAAAGAAGAGGGAAGAGAGGACGAGGAAGAAGUGGAUGCCAGUGCCAGCACUGCUCACACAGCCCAUCCUGGACACCAGCCGGGCAAGAAGAAGGGGAAGAAAGAAGUUAGCUGUUACACAGGCCAUCUAGUGGUCCCUGUUAAGCAGGCAGAGCUGGUGGGAGUGGCUAAGGCAAUGCACAGAGAGAAGUUUGAUGUUCAGGUGAACCAUCUUUUCCAAUGGGAGAAGAAUGCAGCCCUGAAUGCCAUCCAGACAGGUCUCUACAUUGGCUGGCGCUGUCCUCAUUAUCUAUGGGACUGUUUCCGGAUUGGGGAUGAGUCCAAAUGCUUUUGUGGACACUUGUUGAGAGAGCACCGGAUCAUCUCAGACAUAUCCGUGCCCUGCAAUGUGAGCCAGUGCCGCUGCCUCAUGUUCUGCUUUAUCCCUUCACGCCCAGAAGAGGUGGGUGAGUUCUGGCUCACGAGACGGGCCACCUUCGACCCCAAAGCCUGGAGGGCCCAAUGUCGUUGCAAACACAGCCACGAAGAACAUGCAGCCACUGGGUCCCAUCCCUGCAGGCAUCGUGAUUGUUGCUGUAGAUAUUUUGAGUCUAAUUUCCUCUGUGCGGCCUGUGACCGACGCUGGGAGGAACAUGAGACUUUCUUUGAAACUGAAGAGACCCGGCGACGAGGAGGAAGGCCUCAUGGAGCAGACUAUGUGCCUUUUGCAGAGAUGCCUGCCCUCCGAGAAGCCAUCCUCCACAACUCUGACUUUGAGGCCCUGCAGAUGCAUGGGCCCUCUGGCCUUCCCAGCUCCCACCCUAGUUCCCCUGGGCUCCCUGGCCCACACAGCCCCCAGCCUGGCCCUACAUCUGACCGCCAUAUCUGACCCUUUCACCUCUGCUUUUCCCUCUUCCAGGGACAGACACUGUCAACAACUGGCGUAGGCCCAUGUGAGGCUGGCCUAGAUCAGCAAU